AAAAUCCUAGCAUGCCCAUUGUAAAGAGGCUGUUUAUUUGCAGAAAUAUUUUUAUUAUGCCUCUUCGCCGAUAUUAUCGACGUUUCUGCCACCACGUGACCGAUAUGUAAUAACUCCCAGAAUCCGCUGCUCCUUCCUGGCCUCACCCUGGCAGUCUGGCAUCAUGGAUCAGAUACACCGUUUCAAAACUCGGGAUCCACUUGCAGGAUCUGCAUAUGGAAAAGUAUAUCAAGACCUCAAGAACAUUUCUAAAAAUGGAGAAAACUUCUGCAAGACUCUCAUGUCUGUUCUACAACAAAGAGCUUCCCUGGAGUUAAGUUAUGCUAAAGGACUUGAAAAGGUUUCCGGCAAACUCACAAAAGCAUUGGAUGGCAUGAACAAAAAUUGCAUUAACAGUGCCUGGACCUGCGCAGCUGAAGAAAUGAAGGCAACCUCUGAAACACAUAAAAAACUUGGCACGGCAAUACAACAAGAUGCCAUAAAGCCAACAAAUCAAAUCUUAGAAGAACACGACAAGAGAAGAAAAAAGCUAGAUAAUGAAGUUGACAAAAGUGCAAAUGUUGUGCUAAACAACUGGAGACAACAGAUCAAGAUUAAAAAGAAGCUUGUGGAUCAUACUAAGAAACAUGAAGUACUUUUUCAUAAUGUAGAAAAUGAAAACACCAAACAGCCUCUGUCAGAGAAGGAGAGGCAGAAGCUUCUCAAUAAAUUAAAAAAGUCAACAGAAGUCCUGACCAAAACAGAUGAAGACUAUUAUCAGGAGAAUAUCAAUGGACAUGCAGCGAGGCUGAAGUGGGAAAGUAUUUUGGAAAAUUGUUAUCUGAGUAUCCAAGAUCUUGAGAAAGAAAGAAUACAAAUCCUAUCCCAUAUACUAACAUUGUAUAACCAGCAUGUUUCCAGCUUUGGGCAAACACUCAGUGUGUGUCAAAAUCAAAUUGAUCAGGCCAUUAAAAACAUUGAUGUUGAGAAGGAUAUUCAAGCAUUUAUGGAGGAAACCACCAUUUUUACUGAAGACAGUAAAUCAGAAUUUCUGCUCCUUGAUUAUUAUGAGGAAGAUGGCUCCGUUUCUAUGGAUCAUGAGAGAAGAGUAGCUUCCAUCAAUGGGAAACUAGAACGACUUCAGAAUGACAUUGAUAAAGCUGUGAAAGACAAAGAUGGGUUGGAGAAAAUGCUGAAAGCCUAUAAAGAAAAUCCCGCAUUUUCUGAUGUGAAGAAUGAGGAAGAGACGACCAUUCUUCUAGAAGAGACCAAUCUGAAAAUAAACCUUCUUGAAGCAAAUUACUUCAAACUGUCCUUGACACUAGCUGAGUUGGAGCAGCAGUCUCUCCCAACACAUCCGUGCAGUGAGCGAAUGGUCAAGUGGAGAGAAAAGGGAUGUCAGCUGUGCUCUGUGCAGGUAUCCCGGUCUAUAAAUACCACCAAGCUAAGGCGGGGUUGCAGUAUGAGGAUAUCGACCAGGAGCUCUGGAUACAGCAACUCCUCAGUUAAUGACUAUUUUAUAGAAUCUGAUGACAUGGAUUUUCCCAGCAAACCACCAAGAGGCUUAACCAAAAGAUCUUCUAAAAAUCAGCGUGGCUCAAUGAAGGAACAUGGAGACAUGGAGACUAGUGAAAAUAGCCAUAUUUCAUGCCGUGUCUUAUACCCAUAUGAGCCUCAGAGGAAUGAUGAGCUGGGCUUACAAAAAGGUGACAUGGUUAUUAUUCACAAGAAGAGUGAUGAUGGAUGGUGGUAUGGAACGCUGAAAGGAAAGAAGGGUUAUUUCCCAUCGACAUACAUUGAAGAAGACCCUGACAAUCAGCAUUCAAAUGCUUAGUUUAAAGUCUAUUUUAUUGUUUAUAGGGAAA